AUGUUACUUAGUAGUGAAGAUGAAAGUCAACAAGUUAUUCAAAUGGAAGCAAAUUCAUUAAGUAGUACAGAUAUUAAUCAUGAACACCAAGGUAUUGAGAGUUCGCUUUCAGCAGAAUUUACAAAUCUUGAAAUGAAUCAUUUAAAUACUUGUAAAGUUAAAAAGAAAAAUGCUUCUAAUAAUGUUCCAGUUUCAUUUGGUAUACCUACAAUUUAUAAACAAUUUGCUAAUGAACUACUAUUACAUAAUAGUACUACAGGAAGGUUUUUACAAAACUGUGUUUGCGUUCUUUUAUCACCUGAAAUUAACCGGUGCAUUGAAUGCUCUAUUUUUUCGAAUAUAAAUAAAUCAAUGAAAUAUGAUAAUGAUACUAUUGAUAAUAUUCAGUGCCGGUUUUAUGCUUUUCGUGAGUUGGAAAUAAAAUCAAAAAAGUUAACAAUUGCUGGAUUUCCUGAUCCAUUUAAAAAUGCAACUAAAUUAGAUUUUGAUCUUUGGAAACCUGGUAAAGUCUUGUUUACUCCCAGUGAUUUCAAAAUUCGAGCUUCAAUAAAAAUUUUAGAAAAUAUAGGAGGUCAAUUAUGCAAAGUUAUUCAAGAUGAAAAAGAAGCAUUAAAAUUAAAUUGGUCAGAGACACAAAAUAAUAAAAUGCCAAUAUGGAAAAAACUUUUGAAAGGUGUAAGAGAAAUGUGUGAUCCGUGUAAAACAACAAUAUUCAAUUAUCACUGGUCCUGUCUUACAUGCGGGUUUGUAGUUUGUAUUGAUUGUGUUAGGAACGAACUUGGAGCUAAUAAAUCUACAACACAAGGUGUAAAUUUUAACCAAGAUAAUCCAGCUUGGUAUUUGUGUUCCAACAAUGAAAUACAUAAGUUUGAUCAACUUAAUAUUACACAAAUAAUGGCUGGUGAUUCCUUAGACUAUAUUUCAACACUUAUGCACAAUGAGUGUAUCAAACAUCAAAUACCUUUAAAAUGUAAAUGCAGUUAUCGUAUACCAAAAAUGGAAUUCCCACCUAUUAACUGUAGUCAAUUUGAGACCAAAAUUCCUGAAAACAUGAUAGAAGAAAUUUUUCCAGAAGAUUCUGAAUGUAAAGAUACACUUUUUUCUUGUUAUGAAGAUAUUGUAAAUAAACAUUUUGAUGAAAUUGAAUAUAAUUAUAAAAAAGAGUCACUGCCCAAAUUAACAAAAAUGAUAGACACAAAUAACUUUAGUAGCCCUCCUCACAGGUGGUUAUGUAAUGGAUUAAUAUUAAAUUUAUUAGAACCACACAUGCAAGAAAACUAUGGACUAUUUCAGGUAUUUAUAAAAACACAUAUUUUAUAUUAUGUUAAUAUUAUUUUAUAUCUCCAAAAAGCUGCCUUAGAAUAAUGGAGACGGGUGCAGCUACUGUUAUAGUUAAUUAAAUGUAUACCUGUGCGAAGAUAAACUAUAGCUAACAAAAAAAACGAUUCUGAGCAGAGUUCAGUUUGUGUUCAUGCCUUGUUUACAAUAUAAAUGUCAUAUUAUAGUAAAAUAAUUAAAUAGGGGCAUUAUAUAUUUUCUUUAAUAAUAUUUGUUUAAUAUUGUACUAAUUUUCUCAGUUUUCCUACGUUUUUCCCAGUUUUUCUGUGUUUUAUCCCGGUUUUUCACAUUUGCUGGGAAAACUUAGGAAAAUAAAAUAAUACCUCAAUAAAGUACACUCUAGUGAAAUUUCCUUUAGAAACAUUGCUAUUAUUAAUAGUUAAAGCAAAAUUUCUAGUAGAAAAGUUGUUCACACAAGAAAAAUAAGGUUUUUCAUCUUUGAUAAGAAAACUACUUAGAAAAUCGAAAAAUGACUUUUCUAAAGUACAUUCCUUGUCAGAUUUCCUUUCAGGAAAUGUGCUUUUAUUGUAAAUCGGAGUCAAAUUGCUUAUAGAAAACUGAAAAGAUGUACACAUGAAAAUAAAAGGCUGAAAUAUUUUUUAACUAAUACCUACAUUUAGUACAUUUUCCUGUUUUCCUCCGUUAUUUCCCAUUUGUUGAUAAAAAUUCUGGACGUAUCAAAAGAUGACUUCCCCACACCGAUUUAUUUUCAAAUAAAAGUGCUACGCUUAAAAAUCGAAGCAAAAUUUCUAAUAGUAAAGUUGCACAACAAAUCAAGGGAUAGUUUUUGAUUAAAAGAGUUCGAAUGAGCGAGCGAUAGCUCGGUCUCUAGGUGCAUCUAAAAUACCUUUUUUGUAUUCACUGUUUAGGUAAAAGGAAAAAAAAAAAGUGCUAACAAUUUUUAUCCUACACUCAGAAUCUAAAUGUACAAUUGUUAAUUGAAAAAAACUAAAAAUUUAGCGAGUUUUCUGUUUGUAAACAACUUUUCUAUUAGAAAAAUAAAGUGUUGAGUAUAGAGUUUUACCCUUUUCUGAAAGGUAGUUUUCUCUCCUAGAUGGAUUGAGAGGGUCAUUUUUCGAUUUUUCAAGGGGUUUUCGAAAUAAUCGGGAAAUUCCGAAAGAAAAGUAUAGGUGAAACUGCAAAUAUUUAUGGCGCGCGGCGGCGUUAUGGUUUUCAUUGUUUUUAUUAUAUUAACACGAUGUUAUCUACCAGAAAUAUUGCUUCAAUCUAAAAAUGACAAAAAAUCGAUUUUGUUCCUUAGAAUAUUUCGUCACUGAUAGAGAAAGUAGUUUUUGGAUAUCCAAAGGAGUUUUCCUAAUAAUUAAAAAUACCAAAAAAUUAAAUUAAUUAAUAUUUACAGUAACAUAGCGUCUCGGUUUCAUUAUUUGAAUAUGUUUAACUUGUUUUCUACCAGAAUAUUACUCCGAUAAAAAAUCGAUUUUUUUUCUUUUGAUACGUAUCCAUUGACAAAGAAAGUCGUUUUUUAAUAUCUUAUGCAUUUUUUUUAUCUGUGAACAACUUUUCUACCAGUAAUUUUACUCAAAUUUACAAUGGUAGCACUUUUUCUAAAAGGACAUCUUACUUUGGAUGUACUUUAGGAGGACAGUUUUUAAUUUUUCAAAGAGUUCCCAAUAAAUAAUAUAACCGGGAGAACAGGAAAAUAGGUACAUUAUUGAACAAAUAUUAUUAAAGAAAAUGUUUAAUGCAUAUGUUAUUUCACCAUAAUAUAGCAUAUACUCGUAUAUUUUGAUGACAAAUCAAAACUAUUUACUGAACACUGCAUGCAUAGAAUGGUUUUUAUUAGCAAUGGAUAAUCUUUUCUUACAGAUAUUCAUUAAUUCCCGUCUAUAUCCUACCUACCCAACUUCCCACCUACAACAGUGGCCCACCCACGUUCGAAGUAUAUCCAUCUUUUUUUUUUUAUAAUCAAUUGGGAAAAACAAAAAAGAUGAAAUUACGAUUGUUUUGUUUUUCAUAUGUUUUUCACUAUAAAUAUUGCUCUAAUAGAAAACGACAAGUCGCCAAUUUUGUUGAAUAUUUAAUUUACUUAACGAUUACGUUAUUUGAUUUUUGAUUUUCUCUAUUGUUUUAUUAAUAAUUAGGAAAAACCGGAAAAAACGACAACUGACAAGUUAACGGUUUUACGAUUUUAUUAUUUUAAAUAUUUACCCUUACUGUUUUCUACCGGAAAUAUUUUUCCAAUAGAAAAACAAGAGAUAUUUUAUUUUGAUGACCAAAAUAGUUGUUACUUAAUUAUCGAAAUAACGGAUUCAGAAAAAUAAUAAAAAUAAAAAACCAAUAGGUAACAAUAAUUAUUCGUGUAAAUAUUAAUCGAAGAUUGCAAUAACAGUAGAAAUAAGAAAUGUAUGUAAGUAAAGUAUGCGUUCUGUUAAGAGUAAAACACCAAAAUAUUCAGUCUGUCUUUAUAUUCGUAAUAUACAGUUUAGUACUAUAAUUUAGUUCUGGUUUAGAUUUUAAUUAAAAUAACACAAUUUUUGGAAAGUUUGACUUAGUCUGAUUUUGUAAAAGCACCAACUAUUUUGGUAUGGAUUAGUUAAUAUUUAAUCUUGACAAAUUAUACUACUAAUUUAAUUUUUAUUUCUAAUUACUAACGUAAUAAACAUAACUUAACUUUAUUGCGAUUUAAGAGGUGUUUAAUUAAGUACCCUGCACACACGCGCCAACUAAGCACCACUAGACUUUAAGAGUCAUAAUUCGAAAUAUUUAGUAAAAUAAAUAAGAUAAUUAAACCUUUUAAUGAAAAUGACCCUGAAUUUAUAUUGCAAAUUCUUUGUCUAGGUAUUGUAAAAUAAAUAGUUUUGAGAGGGUGGAUGGAAUAGAGAGAGUUAGAAAUAUAUGUUUUAGUAUGAAUAUUUAUUAAUGGAAAAUUUAGUUUUAAUUAAAAUAGUUGGGAUAUUUUACAAAGGCUUUAAUGAAUAAAAUAAUAAAUAGAACUUUAAAAUAUCUGAGUUUAUUUAGGAAGUGUGUAAUAAACUAAAUAUUAAAAUAUUUUGUUCAUUAUUAUCAAAUACUAUUAAGUAUAUUAUUUUGCAGGAACAAUGGAUGCGCGGGCAACCUGUGUUAGUUAGUGGUGUGGGUAAAGGUUUAAUCAAAUCAUUAUGGAAUCCAGAAUCGUUUUCUCGAGAUUUUGGUGAUCAAAUAAAUGACUUGAUAGACUGUAGUACAAACACAGUCAUACACGAUCAGCCAAUGUCAACAUUUUGGGAAGGAUUUGAAAAUGAUUCCAAAAGAUUACGUAAUAUAAAUGGUCAUUCUAUGUUGUUAAAACUGAAGGAUUGGCCACAAUCAGAAGACUUUGCCGAAAUAUUACCAGACAGAUUUAAAAAUCUGAUGGAUUGCUUGCCCCUGAAAGAGUACACUCAUCGAAAUGGCAAAUUUAACUUAGCUUCUUAUUUGCCCGAAUGUUUCCUUCGACCAGAUUUAGGUCCAAAAAUGUACACAGCUUAUGGUAAUGCAGGUACUACAGAUAAAUUAUUAGGCACCACAAAUUUGCAUUUAGACAUGUCGGACGCCAUCAAUGUUAUGGUUCAUGUUGCUAUUACAAAAGAGUGUAGUGACUAUAGAACUGAGUGGUAUGUAAAGAAAGCCUUCGAAAUAAUUGAAGACAAUGAAUGCGAUGAAGUGUCAAAGAAACGGGUUUUUGUAAAUGGAGAAAUACCCGGUGCCAUUUGGCACAUUUAUCAUGCAAAAGAUUCAAAUUAUAUAAGGGACCUGUUGCACAGAAUAAACAUUGAUAAAGGAGUUUUUAGGGAAGAAGGCAGUGACCCGAUUCAUGAUCAAUCACAUUAUCUAGACAAAAAUAUUAGGGACCGUCUAUAUAAAGAAUAUGGAAUCAGAGGUUACACAAUUAUCCAGUGUGCAGGCGAUGCGGUGUUUAUUCCAGCAGGAGCUCCUCAUCAGGUACUUUUUAUUUUAAUGAUAGCAAAUUGGAAAUGUGCCGUUAAUAAGGUGAAUAGAACCUUUAGAAUAAAACUUUUUAAAAAAAAGUUUUAUAUAGUUUAUAUAGUCAUAAUAUUUUAGUGUACAAUUUGUAAUAUCUGCCAGUUUUUUUUUUUUAAUGUUUAAUUAUCAUCCCGGUAUACAUAUUAAAUCCCAACAUUGUUAUUUUAGGAAUCAUAUUGUGUAUUGUAUAUUUUAAAAAUCUCUAUUCUGUACAAUAUGAAUAUUAAAAUAUCAUUUUUUGGACUUGGUGUUUAAUUUUCUUAGGGUGGUACUUUAAGCAGGUUAAUUUUAAAUUUUUGGACUGCUUUAUUUUAUUUAUUUUAAGGUAUAGGAGAAGUUCGGCAAAAUAAUAAAGGUGACACUCAACCCCAUUUAGUGUUACUUUGAGAUUUAAGUAUGGAAAAAUAAGGAAAUUGUAUGGUUUUUAAUUUUCUUUUAGUAACUUUUAGCAUAGAAAUGCCAUGUUUUAGUGUAGAAAUAAAUAUCGUGUACAUCCUAUCUAGUUUAACAUAAAUAGGGUAAAUUUUAACACAAUAUGUGUUAUAUCUGUUUUUAGUCAAAGCAAAUAUAAAACUUAUAUAAUUGUUAUUGAAUGCAGAAUUUAUUAUUUCUUCACAAGUUUCAAUAACUAUAUUUCUUAUGAUCAGCAGUAUUUAUGUAGUUAGGUUUAAUUCUUGCUAGGGGAUACUGCAGGUAGCGAAAGUCAUUAUCAACAAAUUUAAUGUAAAUUACUUUUAUAUAAUAGCAUAUAGGGAUUCUGAAUCAAAACAAUUUAUUUUCCUUUAAGUAAGAACCACUUUAACCUAAUCUAUAUAUAUUUUUUGUCAAUUUCAGUAUUUUCUUUUCAAAAUAUUAAUAUCGAAACGUUAUUAAUACUUUAAUUUCAAUUGAAUAUUAAUUUGAUUAUUAUAAUACAGAGUGGCUAUUUAUUUACAAAAAACAAAAUUUAAUUAUUACUAUUAUGAAUUUUAAUUAUUUUUUUGGUGUACACAAUGAUUUUUUAAAUUAUAAACCUGCAAUUUUAUGCACCAUACCUGGGAAUUUUGCAAUGAAUUUAUUUCCUGUUUUUUUUUUUUUAAUUUUUGGAAUUUUAAAACUUUAUUUGAAAAUCAUUUUUAUUUCCAUAAAUAAGUUUAUAUUUUGUUUUUUAAAAUAAUAAAUCUUUGAUGCACAUAAUACUUAUAUUAAACUUACUGUUUAUAAGUUAUAACCAUUUAAAGUUAGGCAGAAGUAGAUAAAGUUAUAAAUUUAUCAUUUGAAAAUAGAUAAGCAAUUUAUUGUCCUUCCCUACUUCUCUGGUCUAAACAUUAACCAGUUAAAACUCAUAACAGAGUUAUUUAUUAAAAUAUUGUUCAAAACUUUAAUUAUACAUAUACAAUAUACUAUUUGCAAGACAUACAUAUUAGAAGACAACUGUUUGUAAAUUAAAGAAACAAUUGAUAAACAUCAAAAUUAUUAUGUAUGAUUGCUCAUAUAAUAUGAAAAAUGUGUUAAAAAAUCAAAUUCCAAUCAUAAGAAUUAUAAAUAAAAUUAUAGUCUUUAUAUGUUAAAGAUGUCUUUUAUUGAGUUAAAUGUUAAAUUAACAAUACGUUAUUUGUAUAUAUGUGUUUCAGGUUAGAAAUUUACAUAAUUGUAUAAAAGUAGCUGAAGAUUUUGUAUCCCCAGAAAAUAUCCAUCAAUCAUUUCGCAUGACUCAAGAAUUUCGUAACCUAACUGAAAAUCAUACUAAUCACGAGGACAAAUUGCAGCUAAAAAAUAUCGCGUUUCAUGCAGUGAAAGACUCCAUUUCAGUUUUAAUGCAUACCCAACAAUAUAAUAUAAUUUAG